ACUGCACUCAAAUACACUCGCGCACUUUUUGGGAAAUUUGUUCUUAACAUCACAGAUCAAUGGGACGUUUCACUCAUGCUGUUGCUGGUGUUGUUGGUGGUGGUUGCUUUUCGGUCUGGAGUUUGGGUUCUCGACACACUUUUUGGGCAACUCACCCACCAGUCUCCGCUGCACCAUCAACCGAACCACUUCGCGUGCGGCAAUGUGAACCAACUGCGCAACGUUUCCAACUUCCCUAACUAUCAAUCAGUGCGUGCGUGUGUGUGUGUGUGCGUGUGUGUGUGUGCCUCUGCUUGUGUUUUUAUGUGUGUGCGUGCGUGUGCGUGUGUACGAGUGGAGCUCGAAAAUGACUGAUUUCUCAAUGAAUGAAAUCCUCAGAUCAUUUAGAAAAAUGCGCAUGCAACGUUGCUCAGGCCAAGGCAGUCAUUUGGUAACCCAAAACAAUCAUCAUCGUCAUCAUCAUCAUCAACACCACCACCACCACCACCACCAUCAUCAUCAUCAUCAACAGCAGCAACAACAACAGCAGCAGCAGCCCCCAACAUCAACAGUGCAACAAUCCAAAGACCUGAAAAAAAUUAUCAAAAUUUUAAAGAAAAAUGUUAUCAAGGCGAAAAUUACGCGCAAAAUGAAAAUCGUUGUUUAGGAAAA